UUGGAAUUCAUUCCACAGUGAGACGCCGUCGCGAUCGCAAGUCUCGAGCGGAUCGAAUUAUAAUUUAAAACAUCGAGUAGAGACAGCAGCUUGAAAAGGCACAAAAUAGAACGACUUCUAAUAAUUAAAAAAUAAAAUUAAUUUUAACUGUAUCAUAGUGUUUGGCAUAAGUACACUUAUGAACCCAACGGGAUGUGCGAAAAAAAGGGAACUCGCAGAACUCAGAAUCCCAUGACGCCAUAUUUGUUUUUCAACUUGUUUGUGUAAAAGGUGUUUGUGAGUGUUAACAAAAAACAAAGAGAGAAUCAUCUCAAGGCGAAAACAAAAAGAUUCUGUGUGUAAAACGAAAUUUCGAAAAAUUCAUUUCAAAAAAGUGAAACAAACAACAACAACAGAAAAUUCUGAAAGCCCCCUCAACUUGGUUAGACAGACGGAGUUGGUUGUGAGGAGCGCGUGUUUCUUUUUGCUUAGAUUAUGGCAGAGGGCGCAUCGGUGUGUGUUGAUUGUUGUGUGUGAUGUGGUGCAUGUGUUUGUGUUUGUGUAUGUGUAUUGUUAGUGAAUGCGAAUGGAUGUGUAAGAAAUAUCCGCUUACCUAAGCGAACAAAUUCUCUCGCGACGGCUUAAGAACCACAAUUGAAUACAGUAGAAACCAACAUACACACACACACACACACACACAUUUGUAUAUAUGUAUAUACCUGGCAUAUGUAUGAACGUGGCUAGCAUAUAAAGCAAAACCAGAAAAUCCACAUUGUUCGGUCUCGCGCUCGCGCCUACGUUGUCUACGCUACGUAACGAGCUCGAGCACGUAACGUAAGACGUUUAUUGUGUCUUGCUGUCGUUGUUGUUAUCGUUGCUGUUGUUGUUGUUGUCAUUGUUGUGACUAUGGGCGACUCCACGCCCAUUUGCCGCUGCCGUGUGCUUUAUCUGGGCAGCGCAGUGCCGCGUCAGAGCAAGGAUGGAUUACAGGGUAUACAGGAGCCGUUGCGCAGCCUCUAUCCGUCAGAGGGCGCUGUCGGCGCCAAGGGCAUUGAUAGCUGGCUGAGCGUCUGGUCAAAUGGCAUUCUACUCGAGAAUGUUGAUGAGAAUCUGAAGCAGAUUACACGAUUCUUUCCCAUCGAAUCGUUGCAUUAUUGUGCUGCAGUGCGUCAAGUGUUGAUACCGGAGAGGGGAAAUGCACAUCCGGAGCCAAAGUUUCUGCCGUUGGAUUCGCCAUUUGCACGCAUGCCGCGUGCCCAGCACCCGCCCAUCUUUGCAGCCAUCCUCCGACGCACCACGGGCAUCAAGGUGCUCGAGUGCCACGUCUUCAUUUGCAAACGCGAGGCGGCAGCCAACGCUCUAGUCAGAUGCUGCUUCCACGCCUAUGCGGACAACUCGUACGCCCGCCAACUGGAGACGGGCAGCACCGGAGGCGGGGGCAGCAGUGUCUAUGGCACGCUUAAGAGUGGCGCCGGCAGCAAAUCCAACGGGGAUCUGACCAGUGUUGGCCUGGCCAAUGGCAAUGGCAACGGACUCCAUCAUCAUCAUCAUCUGGCCGGACAAAACAGCUGGAGGUCACGUGCGGGCAGCACGACAACCCUGAACAGCUUGGGACGCACUUCGAAUGGUCAUGUGCUCAAUGGAUCGGGACUGGGCAUGAAUGGAGGCAGCACGGGCAGCGCCGCCGAGGGCUACACAUCAGUCAAGAACUUUUAUGGUAGCAGCGCGGAUCUGAAUGUCACCGGGGAUGACGGCGAGGCGUCUGUGUAUAACGGGGAUGAGAAUCACAAGGUCUGGAGCGGCUCACAGGAUCAACUGGACAGCAUUGGCGCCGUGGAGAGUCCCUAUGAGAUCUUUACUGGCAACAGCUCAACUCUGGGCAGACCAUUGAGAGCACGUCAGAUCAGUGCACCGAUUGAUGUGCCACCGCCACCGGUGAAGGAGGAGCGCAAAACGAAGCGGGACAAGAAGUCAUCAAAGUCCAGUGGGAGUCAGAGCUUGUCGGGCACACUGAUCAGACCAAAGCCCAUGCAUCCGGCAGCGAUGCAUCGCUCACAGGUGCACCCUGGAGGAGCGGGACCUGGACCUGGACCAGGACCUGCUAGUGUCAUCUAUGGACCUGUUUCUGGGCCACAUGCUGGCCGGCAAUAUCACACCAUUAGUCAUCGGGGAUUCCCGCCGGGACCACCGCCACAUCAUGCGCAUCCACAUGCCCACCUUUCCCAACAGCAUCAGCAUCAGCAUCACAUGAUGCAGAUGCAUCAUGCACAGCAGAUGGGUGGCAUGCCACCGCUGCAGAUACCCAUGAUGUUGCCACAACAGUACGCCACGUUGCAGCCAUCGCGUUCCACCAGCAAAAAGAAGAAGAAGGACAAGAAGAACGGCGGAGGAGGAGUGCCUGUGGGCAUGCCCAUUGUGCCGCCCAUCUACGCCUACCAUCAGCAACAGGCAAUGGGCGGGGUGCCGCCCCCUCCCAUGGCACAGUCAAUGAUCGGCGAGUCCAGGCCCCUGAGCAUGUCCAGCCGCAAGAUGGCCGCCUCCAUGGGCAAUGGCCUGGAUGACUCUGGGAAUUCGGGAGCUGAAUCUCCGUCUCCUGGCGGCACGGGCAUCUAUCGCAGGAAGGGUCACCUCAACGAGCGGGCCUUUAGCUACUCCAUACGCCAGGAGCAUCGCAGUCGCAGUCAUGGAUCGCUGGCCAGCCUGCAGUUCAAUCCUCCAGACAUGAAGAAGGAGCGUGAAAUUGCCCAAAUGGUCGCCGGCCUCGACCUCAACGAUGGCGAGCGAAGACAGAUGCCGGGACCUGGUCCGGCGACCCUUCAACGCAAACAGGCUGGCAUGGUUAACGGUGGAGUGGGACCCUCGCAUCCACAUGCCCCUCAUCAUCCACAGCAUCAUCCACACGCGAUAUACGGUCCACUUGGUCCAGCCAGCAGUUUUGGCAAGCCGCGUAGAUAAAUCGAUCAGUUGGUCAAGAUUUAAUAUGGAACCAAUUGCAAGCAGGCAUCUUAUUACAUACUCCCGAUAAGGAUAAAGAGUAUAUAGAAUUGCAUAACACUUUAGCGAUGCUGGUCAAAGAGGGAAACGGGAAUCAACCAAGAGCUUCAACCAGAAGCGAUUGAAAGAACAAGAAAUUGGUAUAACUUUAACUAGUAUCAAUAACGAAAUCAAGAAACAAUUUUCAACAAUGAAUAAUGUGUGCCUUAUUAGGUUUAUACUCUAAGUAUAUAUUUUAAACAAAGCGAAUCCGCGAGAAUUCAGAAUCAAGAGA